GAAUUUUGGUGGGACGCUGGUGGUGUUCGACAGAUUAUUCGGCACAUAUCUCGAGGAACCGGCGCAAACAGCUUGCGUUUAUGGCUGGACCAUCCCUGCAAACUCCUGGGUUGACAGCGUUCUCCAGUUAGAAGUAUUCAAACGUCAGUCGAGAUCAUGGUGGAAGGGCCCUGGAUACUACACCACUACUGCUGCUCGAGUCUGCCCCCCAGCUCCUCGUCUGCCUCGUUUGACUCGUAGCACGAACGCUUCUGUUGGUGUAAAGUCGUACAUUGCAGUACAGUUCGCAGUGGCCACUCUGUGUGGAUUAUCACUCCAAUUAGCAGAUCAUAACGUCGUUCUGGCGGCCUAUAGUCUAUUCUCAUACAUUGCACAAGGUUUUCUUCUCGAUGGGAGAAAAGACUACGAACUGGUGCGAUGCGUCUUAUUCAUUCUUGUUGGUAUUUUUAAUGGUGGGGUUUACGGUGCUCUCUGUUCGACGUGGUCUGUUAUAUCAUUAGCAUGUUUGCAUGUAGUUAUGCAAUCUCCCACACAAGUCGGUCCGAAUAGAUAUGUCGAUUAGUUGAGCAUCGAAGCGAGAUGACAUUUUUCUUUCCUC